AUGUCGUCUAUUCGCCAGAUACCAGGAUACUACUAUGAUUAUGAGAAGAAUAAGUACUUCAAAAUAGUCAACGGAGCAACGUCAGUUGACAGCACCAAGCGAUAUCACAAUAAUGCAAUCCAGAGUGAAAGAAGAAGCCACAAUAUCUCCAAAUCGAAAGGAGCGUCUAAGCAUAAAAAUUAUCAGAUUAUAAGUAAUCCGUUCUUAAAGAACAUAUCAUCUGAAAGGAAAGCUAAGAUAUUAAAACCAACUUUGAUACCAUCUGCAUUUGACAUCGAUGGAUUACUAUAUAUAAGAUCAGGAGAAAUCAGCCUAACUUCCCAUUAUUACAAACAUGAUCAAAUUGAAGCAUUAAACACACCAAAGUUUAUUCCUGAAAUCGUUCCCCGAGGUGAAAUACUUGGCCAAUUGACACAAGAUUUGGUUGUGGUUCAUCGAAUAAAUAUUCCCGUUAUCAAACGUUCUCGAAUAAUCCAAGUACCGAAAUACCUUGCCCUUCACAAUAAAACAACUGGAGUAGUUUACAAUAUUCCAGAACACUGGAAGUUUCGCAAUGGUAACCUUGUUGACUAUUUGCAUAGAAACCAAGUAUACAUAGACCAAGAUUUUGUUAUCCAUGAUAUAAAACCAGGGUGUUCCCACGCAAAUUUGUUACAAGUAAUAACACUAGAAAAUGCCACUGGUUCAUUCAUAAAGUUUAAUAGGUGUGAAGGAAUAGAUUUUCAUGAUUAUACCGAAGAUUUGCUACUAUUUAUCCAGGAACAGACCAAAAAGGUUGGCACUCCAAUGAAGAAAAUUAUCAAUGAAUUAUUUGGAAUUAAUUUACUUUGCAAGUCUGACUAUAAAUCUAAAUCUAUUCAAGAAAUAAAUAGUAAAUUAUUAGAACUACAACUGGAUAUUUCCCCAGCUAGGAAAUCAAAGAUUCAGGCUGAUAUUGACCAAUUUAUAAACCUGAAAAUGAGUAAUAAUGGCUGGAGAAUAACGUAUAAUGAAGAUAAUAGACUAGCAAAUCAACGUCAUUUGAUUGCUGGUUGUUUUCAUCACGAUUCAUUAUACUUAGUAGGAGUCGGUGGUCAUAUUAUCAAAAUUACAUUCACUAAAGAUCCAGAAAUUAAGUUUACCAAUUUGUAUUAUACGAAACUCAACAGUAAUAGUCACAUUGGACAAAUCCAUCCUUGUGAGGAUAAGUUAUACGUAAGCAUGGGAGAAUCACUAUUCAAACUUGAUUCUGAUCUCCCCUUGUUUGGAAGUUCAUCACUACCAAGUAUCACUCCAAAAAAGUUGCUUGGUCUAAGGAAAAUAUUUGCAUUAAGACCUGAUUUACUUUUAGUUAUAUCUCGUGAUGAAAUAUAUUACUGGAAUAACUCCAUGAAACAUCUUAUCACCAAAUAUGAUCACAAGAAUGACACUUGUCAACAAAUUGAAAUUAUUCAAAAUCAUUUGAUAUAUAAUGAAGGAAACAAGUUUCAUAUGAUCAACUUAAAUAGAAGUGAAAAUAACAAGAAUUGCUUUGAUAUUGUGUUUAAUUUUUCAAAAUGUGGCUAUUUCAAAGAUUUUCGAUUAUCAGGUAUGGUUGAAAUGAUUAGUCCCACAACAAGACUAAGAAUUGGAUUGACUUUCUAUAAUCAGGAAGAUUAUACUACUAUAUUUGAGCUGUACCAAUUACCUUGA